AUGGCCAACGACGACGACGAAGACCAGAUCCUAUCCAGCUCCGAUUCACCGGAUAAAUCUUCUUCUCCACCGCCUGAAAAAGCCACGGUAACGGUGGCUUCCACACCUCCGCCUUCUUCGUCGCAGCAGAAAGAUCUUGCCCUGCUUCCGAUCCAAUCCAGCGGCGGCGGCGGCGGCGAUGGGAGACCACGCGGCGGAGGUUGGAGGGAGGAUUGCUGGAGCGAGAGAGCUACAGGCGUUCUGAUAGACGCGUGGGGAGAGAAGUACUUGAAGCUAAGCAGAGGGAACCUGAAACAGAACCACUGGGAAGAAGUGGCGGAGACGGUGAGGAGGAGUGAGGAAGAUUCCGGCAAGACUCCGAAGACUCAUGUACAGUGCAGGAACAGGAUCGAUACCGUCAAGAAAAGGUAUAAACAAGAAAAGGCAAGAAGUGGUGGUGGUGGUCGGAGGAGCAGUUGGGUGUUUUACAAUAAACUCGACCGUUUGAUUGGUUUUUCAACGGCCAAGAUCUCAUCUUUACCUCGUAUGGGCGGCAAAAGUUUGAAUCUUUACCAUCAGCAAGAUAAGGGUAUGAUGUCUAGGGCUAAAUCUGUCAAUGUACAUAUGGUGAAGAGGAAGAGGAAUGUGUCUGAUUCGGAUUCGGAGUUUGAGGACUCUGAGGAUAGUUUACCACCUAAAAAGAAGAGGAAGCGUGGAGGAGGUGGAAACAAGUGGAGGGAGUUGAGUAGUGUGAUCAUGAGGUUUAGUGAGGCUUACGAGGAGAUAGAGAAGGAGAAACUGAAGCUGGUUGUUGAGAUGGAGAAAGAGAGGUUGAGGUUUUUGAAGGAGAUGGAGUUGCAGAGGAUGCAGUUCUUUGAGAAGAUGAAGUUGGAGUUGUCACAGCUUAAGCAAGCAAGGGAGGAGAAUGCGGGGAACAAUAGUGAUAACGAUGUUGUUGGUGAUUAG